AUGCCAACCAAACAUGGCCAGUACGAUGCAAUCACCGACGACCUGUACGACGUUCGCAUUCCCUUGUACAACGAGAUCGCGUUUCAGCAUGGCAUUCACUUCGAGGCGAAGACCAUCGUAUUCGUUGCAACCGACCUCAACUCAUCGUCCUCAAUUAGUCUUUCCUCAUUUCACCUUCCGCUUGACGACUCUUGUCGUUGUUGA